AUGGCGUUCAUCACGGAAACGCACCUGAAGCCCGAGCUUAAAGCCCAGUUAAAGCAGCAAGCAGCCCCCGCCCAGCCUGUUGCCCCCAUAAAAGCCCUGCUGUUAAAGCCCCGGCCUGCCUGGCCCUGCCCCAACAGCCCCAGCCCCAAAGCUAAGCCCAGCCUGGGCCCCAAGCCCCAGUCAGCCCCAGCCCUCAGUCCGCCCAGCUCAGCCUCAGCCUGCCCGCCCCAGCCUCCGCCCCAGUCCCGGCCCAGCCCCUGGCCCCAGCCCCAGCCCCAGCCCGCUCAGCCCCGCCCCGUGCCUGGCUCAGCCUGCCCCAGCCUGGGCUCAGCCUGCCAGCCUGGCCCAGCCCAGCCUGCCUGCCUGCCUCAGCCUGCCUGGCCUCAGCCUGGCUCAGCUCUGCUCAGCCCGCCUCCAGCCUGCUCAGCUCCGCCUGCCUGCUCAGCCUGCCUGCCCGGCUCAGCUCUCAGCCUGCCUCCCAGCCUGCUCGCUCAGCCCGCCUCAGCCCAGCCUGCCCGCCUCAGCCUGCCUGCCCCAGCCCAGCCUGGCCUGCCCCAGCCUGCCUGCUCAGCUCAGCCUGCCUGCCUGCCUGGCCCGCUCAGCCUGCCUCAGCUCGCUGCCUGCCCGCCUGCCCAGCCUCAGCCUGCCUCAGCCUGCCCCAGCCCCAGCCCCAGCCUGGCUCAGCCAGCCCGGCCAGCCCCCAGUCUCCCAGCUCGGGCUCAGCCCUGGGCUCAGCCUGCCUCAGCCUGGGCUCCCAGCCCUGCCUGCCCCAGCCCGCCCAGCCCCGCCCCCAGCCUGCAGCCCCACCAGCUCAGCCCGCCCAGCCCCUGCCUGGCUCAGCCUGGGCUCAGCCUGCCCCAGCCCGCUCCAGCCUGCCCAGCCCGCCCGCCCAGCCCAGCCUGCCUGCUCAGCCUGGCUCAGCCACCAGCCCGCCCAGCCUGCCUGCCCCGCUCAGCCUGGGCCUGCCUGCUCAGCCUGCCUGCCUGCCUCAGCCUGCUCAGCCCGCUCAGCCUGCCAGCCUGCCCAGCCUGCCUCAGCCUGGCCCAGCCCUGGCUCCAGCCUGCUCACCAGCCUGCCUCAGCUCCUGGGCUCAGCCUGCCUCAGCCUGCCCCAAACAGCCUGGCUCAGCCUGCUCCGCCUGCUCAGCCAAGCCUGCCCAGCCCAGCCUCCCCAGUCCAGCCCAGCCUGGGCUCAGCCCCAGCUCAGCCGUCAAAGCUCGUCUGCCCGCUCCGCCUGGGCUCAGCCCAGCUCUCAGCCUGCCUCAAAGCCUGCUCUAGCUCAGCCUGCCUGCUCAGCCUGCUCAGCCCGCUCAGCCUGCUCAGCCCGUCAAAGCCUCAGCCAGCCUGCUCAGCCUAA